AUGGGCAAGAAAUCAAAGUCCCAAGGGGGAACUCCUGCGGUGUCCAGCACAGGCUCCUCGCUACCAUUCUUAGGCGGAAAUGCCUCCGUGGAUCCUUCAUUGGCUUCAUUGUUUGAACAGAGUGCUGGGCCAGUAAAAGUUCCAGAAGUGCCUCGCCUAGGUGCUGCACCGAAGGCUGAGAAAAAGAAGCUUGAAGACAAUGACGCUGAGGAUAUUGAGUCUGAGCUGGACGAUGGCUCAGUUUCCGAAGACGAACCUAUGGAAGACGCAUCACUUUCCGCGGCUGUACAGGCGGUCUCCGAGCCCUCAAGUCGGAAAAGGAAGCGAGCCACCACAGAUGACCUUGAAGAUUCGUAUAUGCGUCGCCUAGCCGCAGAGGAGCAGAAGGAACAGAAGAAGCGCCGAGCAGAGCGUCCAGAUGUUACGGAAGAGGCCAGCGAGGGCAGUGAAGAUGAUGCCCCUCAAUCUGAAGAAGCCGAGUCGGAGGAUGAAGACGAGGAUAUCCCUAAACAUGAAGCUCUAACUGGUGAUCGCCAAGACAAUGACAAAGAUGAACUAUCCAAGUCUAAUCGCACUGUAUUUCUGGGAAAUGUUUCCACGAAGGCAAUCACCUCAAAGUCGGCGAAGAAGGAAUUGAUGAAGCACCUUUCGUCAUUCCUCUCGGCUCUCCCCGAGUCCACAGGGCCUCACAAAAUCGACUCGUUACGCUUCCGAUCUACUGCUUUUACCAGUGGCGGCAAAAUACCCAAGCGCGCUGCAUUUGCUAAGCAGGAGAUCCAUGAUGAUACCACGCCCAGCACUAAUGCGUACGUUAUCUAUAGCACACCACAGGCCGCGAACAAAGCACCUGCAGCGUUGAAUGGAACAACUGUGUUGGAUCGGCACCUGCGUGUCGAUAGUGUAGCACAUCCCUCCAAGGUCGACCACAAGCGGUGCAUUUUCGUCGGCAAUCUCGAUUUUAUCGACAAUGAAGCUGGCACCGACGAGGGAGAGAAUAAGAAGAAGAAGAAUAGGACGCCAGCUGAUGUGGAGGAAGGCCUUUGGCGUACAUUCAAUGCUCACACCAAAGGAUCAAAGAGUGGUACCCCCGGUAGAGGCAAUGUUGAGUCCGUGCGGGUGGUUCGUGAUCGAUCUACCCGUGUUGGAAAGGGAUUUGCCUAUGUUCAAUUUUAUGAUCAAAACUGUGUCGAGGAGGCCCUCCUAUUAAAUGACAAAAGAUACCCCCCGAUGUUACCGCGGAAGCUGCGCGUGGUGAGAGCAAAGAAGAUUUCAAAGAAGCCUGAAGAUAACAAAACCUCGUCUAAGUCACUAGCGGAGGCAGACAGAACACUACAUGGCCGUGCCGGAAGGUUGCUCGGAAGGUCAAGUGAGGCGAGGCUGAAGGCCGCCGGCAAGAAGUCUAUCUCGCAGAACUCUCUUGUUUUUGAAGGCAACCGCGCAACAGCAGAUGGGUCGUCUCGCAUUCGUGUACGGACGAAAAGCCGUGGCUCCAAGGCCAAAAAGGAUAACCGGAGCAAAAAGCGUGCCGCGGCCUAUAAAGCUGCCGGAGGCAAGAAAGCACAAAUAGGAAAAUAG